AUGGAAUUUAACAACCCUAUUGCCAGUGCUGCAGUGGUUGACCAGCUUACUAAUAAUUGCUGGGAGAAGGAUGAAAAAUUCAAUGCAUUAGAAAUGCCUAAUGAGAGGAUUGAAAUUAAUAACGAUAUCUAUGAAAGACCUGAUUAUGAUUAUGAAUUCGAUCCCUAUGAUGCUGAAAUUGUAGAAAAUACUAAGGAAUAUUUGAAUAACCUCCCUUAUUUCCCUGAUAAAAAGCCUCCUGAGACUAAGAAGAAAUAUAUAUCAAAUGCAACUAAAUAAAAGAAGAGAAAGGUUAGGCUUACCGGUUGAGGUCCCUAUAUUCCCUGAAAAAGUUGAUUAUGAUAAUCUUGAUCAACAGCAAGAUAUGGGUCAUAUACCAAAGAGACAAGAGGUCAGGUUUGAGGAUCAAGAAUAUUCUAGGAAUACUACACCAAUAGCUUCUUCAAGAGCUCCUUCAGAAAUUUCCAAUGUUGAUGACUCAGAAGACCUUACAGUGCAUCCUCCAAAUCUAAGACAAAAUGGUGAUAUUGUUUGGGAGAAGGAUACAAAAAGUUUUCAGCAUUUUCAAAAUUUAAAAGAUUUUGAAAAACUUCAUGAUGCCAAACUUUACUACAAUACAAUGCUGCCUCCUCUCAGGCAGAGUAAUAUUGGUAAGCAACUAAAAAUGCAAACAGAGCCUUUCUCUGAAGGGCUUCAGGUUUCCGAAUGGCCUGAUAAAUACAAAAUAUAUCAAAAACUCAAGCAGAGUACUGCAAAUUUUCAAGUUGAGGAAUCUGACACUGACUUGGACAAUAUCCAAGGCAGUCCCUAUUUCAAUAAAAACAAGGUCAAGUUUGAUGACCAAGUCGACCAAGAUGAAAUGAGAGAACGCAGAAUGACCAGAUUUGAACAAAAAGGAGAAUAUGAAAGACUCCAAAAGCUUGGUGCCGGCUUUAAAACACAAUUUGGAGGCCCUCCUCCGAAUUACAUAUCGGAUUCUGAAGAAGAGGAUGAAAAUGAACAAGAACGGAAAGGCAAGAAUUUUUCAGAUGAUGAUGAACUAUAUGAAAGGAACAUUCAGAAAAGAGCUUUAGCUGUGAAUCAGAAAUAUAGAAAUCUUCACAGAAGGAAAAUUCCAGUAAAUAGAGUCACUAAAUACGACCAGUUUACUAAUGAUGAAAGAAUUCCAUAUAUUGAAGACUCUGAUCCUGAGGUGGUUCCUAGAGGCCGAAACCAAAGAGGAGCCAUUAGAAAAUAACCUAAAAGUAAGUUGGAACAGAGAUGUGCAAGAUAAUGAAUACAUCAGACAUCAGAUGGAUUCAAUAGAUUACUGGCAGAAAUAAUGUUACCAUGGAGAGGGAAAGAGCAAAGAACAAUUUGAUAAAUCAUGCUUACCAGUACUUAGAGUUUCCAAAUAAAUAAACUUCCUCCAAGUUUAUUCAGUACUGUUGAUUUUUACAAUGAUCUUCAUGAGAGAAAUUCAGAACCUAACGGAAACUAUAACUUAAAAUAAAACAGCUCUCAAUAACUGGAGGAAGAGAAAUUUCGGAGAAUUCAAGAUUAAAAAUCGACCGAUAGAUGAUCAUUUUCAGUAUUUUGAACCUGGCGGGCAUAACCUCAAUCCGAUAAAGGAUAUCUGGAAGAUUCCUGUAAACUACCGACCUCAUAAGCAGAGGCCAAAUACAGACUCUGAGUUACAGCAGAUGCUUAAGUCAAAGUACAAUAUGGGGCAGAGGAAGUCUAAAUACCAUAAAUAUGGAGGUUAUUUUUAAGCUUACAAAAUAGUUGUGCUAUUAACCUCUCUGUGGAGUAUCAGAAGUAGGUGAAAUGAAAAGUAGCGUCAUUUUGAUCCAAACAAUUUCCUG